AUGGAGAUGAAGCUAGUGUCCGCCGACACCCUAGUCCAAGAUGGCAUCGAGCGUGACGUUGCUGCAGAGCCUGUUGCCGCCAAUGGUGAUGAGCAGGGUCAGCACAAGAUCAAGGUAGACGAGACUGCAGAGGCGCUGUCGGGGAUCGAUAACCUGUCUACAGAUACGUCUUCGGUGGAUACGUCAGAUCUCAGCGACGAAACAUCGAGUUCUUCCGACAGCUCAUCGGAUGACAGCGAUGGAGACUCUGCCCCCGAAGAGAUGACUUCCAAACGGCUGCGACCUGAUCGGGUGCCUCCGCCACCGCGCAAACACAAGAACCCAUGCCACCAGUUCGUCAAGACAGGGAGAUGCCGUCGCGGUGAGAAUUGCAGAUACUCACAUGAGAUCCCGGACAAGACGCGUCGGGCUACGAAAGAUGCAGGCAGCGAACCAAAGCGACCCAGCUUGUUCCAGAUGCUGGUGGAUCAACAGAAAGAGGACGAAGCCCGACGGGUGAUGCAAGCGAUCGCAUGGCUUGGAGAGAGAGGGAUGCUGGACGAACGGGCUGCGGGUGAAGGGGUUGCGGGGGGCGAGGAGGCGGCAAAAGGAUAG